AUCUGGCAACGCUGGCACUCGCACGUUUUUGAAAAACGUAAACAAAAAUUGGAAAUUAAACAAAAUGACCAGGAAGAAGGCUCCCAAGAAGAAAACCGAAGUUGUUUUCGACAACAAGAAGCGGGUAGAGUUCCUAAGUGGCUUCCGCAAGAGGAAAAAUGAACGGCGAUCACGAGCCAAGGCGGAGCUGGAGAGGAACCUCAAGAAUGAGCGCAAACGCAUUCGCCAGGAGGUUAAAGAUGGCUUCAAUCACCUGAAGAAGUCCUUCGAGCCCCUGCGCGAACUCACCGAGGAGGACAAGGCCGAGGAGAAGCAGCAGCAGGAAGAGACCUACGAAGAUGACGAAGUGCAGGUGAAGAUCGUGGAGCUGACCACCAAUGAUCUGGCAGCCAAGCGCAACAUGUUGGGAGCCAACACGGCGGAGGAGAGUGAGCCAGAGGAGCAGGAGGCCCAAAGCGAGGAGGACGAGUCCGCCCAGCCCAACAGGAUACCCGGCAUGGACUUCGAUCCCAAUGCCCGCAAACGCAAAGCCAAAACGGAAGAGGAGGAGGAGCAGCCCAAGAACAAGAAGGCCAACACCACAUCCCAGCCAGAAAUCAAGAGCAAAAAAGACCUCGACCGCCUGAUGAAGACCAAGACACUGAAGAAAAUGCACCAGAGCAAGGCGUUCAAGCAGAAGGAACGGCUCGACAAGAAGAACAACCUGAAGAAGGCCAAGCGGGACCGCAAUAACACCAUCAAGAGCGUUCCCAAGCACCAGCGGAAGCAGCUCAAGUACGGAAAGGCCAACCAGACCAAGUACCGAAAGGGCCGGAUGGUCAACAAGAAGGAGCUGCGGCGGAAGCGCAACGCCGACUAAGUUUAGCUUUUAGCAUAGUUUGUUUUACGGUUUAUUUACUAUUACUCUAGUUGAUCAAAUAAACUGUUUAAUUCCUGGCUUGUACAAUAA